UAAGGGUAAAUUUAUUAGAUUUAAAUAGCAUCAGGGAAUGAAGGAGAAUACCAGCGACUGCAUGUGUUUAGCAGAGUCAGACCAACAUUUCCUUAAAACAUGCUGCUCUUCCGUUGCUGGGAUACUGUUACUUAGUUUUAUGAAUCAGUAGGUCUCAAAGGCCAGCCAGGCUCCUCUGAAAGGAAGAUAAAUUUAAUUAUAUCAUUCAAUAAUGGAGCUAUGAUGCCCAGAUUGUAGUACAAGUCUGCAGUGCAUGAUCCAGAACUGGUUUAUGAAACCAUUUAAAAGAAUAAGGAUGUCGUGGCUUUUGUGUGGCUGCACUGAUGAUGCACGAAGAUACUUGGGUGUUGGCGGUGGGUGUUCAGUCACAGGGCUGUUGUCACAGCCAGACAAAAAGCUGUUUUCACAGGGGUCUGGACUGGGCAGAGGCAGAGCCCAGGGCAGGAAGGGCAGUAGCUCUACCAGCUGUUUUUUGGCUGCUGUGGAAAUCCUGUUGCUUUUUUUCUGUGCCUUGUGGCUAGCUUCAGCUCUGGACCUAGCUGUAGCACACAGCUGUUAUCAGGCUGCCCUGUUCAUGAACUCAUCUGGCUCCUUCUUCAAGUAGUUUGAAUGGACAUUGUCCCUACUGCUGAGGUAUGAAGUCCAUCCAAGGCUCCAGACUGUCCCCUUUUCAGACUAAGUUUAUUCACAGAAUGUCUGCCUUGUGCACAAUUAAACAUUUAUGUCAAGCAACAAGAAGUGAGAACAAAUACACAAAAAGGUUCUUUGGUAUUCUUCUGACACAGACAGCACAAAAGUGGCUCUUUUCUCCAUUCUGGAUAGUGGUACCUAACCUUAGGAAGUCAGCUGUGUUUGGGCUUACUCAACCAUUUUGUACAGAUGAAAAAUCUCACGCACAACCAAAAAGGAAAGCAGCAUUUGGAAGUGUUGGGCGAAGAAUUCCCUAUCGAAUUUUGCACCUAAUCAACCAGGAAGGAGAGAGCUUAGGAAACAUGCACCGAGCAGAGGCACUCAAACUUAUGGAUCAACACGGCCUGAAACUGGUUCUGCUUCGUGAUAAUGUAGAACCUCCAGUUUAUAGACUAAUGACUGGGCAGCAGAUUCACGAAGAACAGCUUAAACGUGCAGAGAAGAAAAAAUCAAGUCCAAAGCCAGGGGUGGUUCAGAAGGAGUUAUCGUUUUCUUCAGCUAUUGCCAAGAACGACUUAGAGACCAAGACUAAACAGAUAGCACAGUGGAUUGAAAAGAAACACCACGUUAAAGUUACCAUCCGACAAGCAAAAGGUAGCAGUACAGACAUGUUCACACUUUUUGAUCACAUUUUGGAGACUGUGUCUGAGAAAGCCACUUAUCUUUCCAAGCCAAAAGUUGCUAGAGAAGGAGUGAGUACCUGUGUUUUGAGGCACAUGUCUGACAAAGAGUUGAAAGAACACCAGAAGAUGGAAAUCAAGAAAAACAGUGCAGUAAAGGAAGAUGAAAACGAAGAUCUGAAGUCAAAGGAGUUACAUCAAUGACUUUCUGAAGCAGUGUAAACAAUAUAUAUUUAUUUAAAAAUAAUAAAAAAAAAUAACUCUAAAAAUUAACUCUAUUAGAUAAAGA